ACAUACCACAGAGCCGUGUGUGUGUGUGUGUGUGUGUGUGUGUGAGAGAGUGGAGGAAACCAAAUAAAUAUCCGUGCGCAGAAGGGCAUCGGGGAUUAUUUUUGGCAGAUGCGGCGUGUUUCUAUUUUUGCGCUUUGCCUUUGACUCGGGAAGCAGUCGGUGAUGGAAAAAAGAGAAGAGAGACAAGAGACAGUGCGCGAGCCAUAAACCGGCGCUACAGCCAUCUCUGUACAAGAGUGUCAGGACAUGGCAGUUCCUUUACCUCCGUGUGUCAUCGACUAUGGGACUGGCUACACGAAGAUCGGCUAUGCUGGAAACACCGAGCCACAGUUCAUCAUGCCAUCCUGCAUCGGCAUCCGAGAGACAGCUGGAGUUGGAGACCAGGCUCAGAGACGCCUCAUGAAGGGAGUGGAUGAUCUGGAUUUCUUCAUUGGUGACGAAGCGAUCGACAAACCCAACUACGCAACCAAGUGGCCCAUCAGGCACGGUAUCAUCGAGGACUGGGAUCUGAUGGAGAAGUUCAUGGAGCAGAUUAUUUUUAAAUACCUGCGAGCUGAGCCAGAAGAUCACAACUUCCUUGUGACAGAACCUCCUCUGAACACACCGGAGAACAGAGAGUAUUUAGCCGAGAUCAUGUUUGAAACCUUCAACAUUCCAGGCCUUUACAUCGCCGUCCAGGCCGUUCUGGCUCUAGCGGCCUCGUGGACGUCCAGGCAGGUGGGACAGCGGACGCUAACAGGAAUCGUCAUUGACAGUGGGGACGGAGUCACGCAUGCCAUACCUGUGGCCGAGGGCUACGUGAUCGGGAGCUGUAUAAAGCACAUCCCUAUAGCAGGCCGAGACAUCACCUACUUCAUCCAGCAGCUCCUCAGAGAGAGAGAGGUCGGGAUUCCUCCUGAACAGUCUCUGGAGACCGCAAAGGCAGUCAAGGAGAGGUUCUGCUACAUCUGCCCAGACAUUGUGAAAGAGUUCACGAAGUACGACACAGACCCCGGGAAAUGGAUCAAGAAAUACAAAGGCAUCAACACCAUCACCAAAAAUGAGUUUCACAUAGACGUAGGAUAUGAGCGCUUCCUCGGACCGGAGAUUUUCUUCCAUCCAGAGUUUGCUAACCCGGAUUUCAUGGAUCCCAUUUCAGACGUGGUGGAUGAGGUCAUUCAGAGCUGUCCCAUAGACGUGAGAAGACCUCUUUACAAGCUAGAGGUCACUGUUGAUCCACCAGACUCUCUUCUAGACACUCAGUAACUUACACAACAACCAAAUCCUUCCCUCUGAGGCUGCACCUGAGGAAAAAACACCAAUGUGACAUUUAGCAGGAAUAAACCUAAAUAUUUCUGCAGCAGAUAUGAGUUCAUUGUUUUUCAGUAUGCAUUGUGUGUGUGUGUGUGUGUAUGUUUGUGUGUGUGUGUGUGUGUAUGGGUAAACAAAGCUCACAAAGCUUUGACAAAAUCCAAUUUGGGAAGCUGGUAAUUAGAAGUGGCAAGGAUUAAAAGAGCUCAUUUGAUUUGCAUGUGAAGUGAAUAGGAAAACAUUUGGACUGUGAAUAGAGGCCAGGGAAAGAGUCGGGUUGAUUUGAAAGAAUAUCUCGGCAUCCAGUCUUCUCUCUAAAAACAUUUUCCGACUUAAUACUGACGCAAAUACGCUCAUGAGCUCUCAAAGCAAUUAUGCAACAUGAAGGCGUAGGAUUUGAAACAGUAGCGCGGAUGUGAAACACUGCUGUGCCCAACCCAAUUAAAUCAUUUAUCCAUAUUGAUCUCCUUUGGGGGAUUUUGGAGCAUCAUGUUAGACAGCGGUCUCUAACGUCGUCAUUACAGCACCAGCUGAGGGAACAACUUUUUGGAAGAAGGGUGUUCAUCACUCCGGAUGUGGUGAAGGUGCUGGACUAAUGAUUGGAAGGUUGUGCCACUGCUGGGCCCUUGACCCUUCAUUUUUACCUUUACAUUUCUGGCAUUUGGCACACUCCCGUAUCCAGAGUGACUUACAAUUUAUCUCAUUUUUUAUACAACUGAGCAAUUGAGGGUUAAGGGCCCCCUAGUGGCAGAUUGGCGGACCUGGGAUUUGACCUCAUCAACAUCCAAUCAGUAGCCCAACACCUUAACCACUAAGCUACCACAAUUGCUUAGCUGUAUAAAAUGAGAUAAAAAAUUGUAAGUCACUGUGGAUAAAGAUGUCUGCCAAAUGUCAGAAAUGUAAAAUGUAAUGGACGUGCUUUCGUGGUGGUCAGACACCUUAGUAAGACUCUGUAUGUUAGUUUUCAAGCUUCAUCUUGCUGAUUUUCUGAAUAAGCUUUUAAUAAAAAAGUGAAAUUCUCAGAAAUAUGCUAGUAUGAGGAUAGCUAAGCUGAAGAAAUAGAUAUCUAGGGCACUUCCCCUCCAGACCACCAGAGGGAACCACAUUUUUUGUGUUUAUUUGUGCAAUAAAUAGUUCCAUGUUUUAAGCCCCUUUGUGUGACCAGUUUGUUGCCUAGAUUCUAUUUGAUACCCGUUUGUUGGUCAAGCCUCGUCUAGCUCCAGUUUUGGAUGUAUUGACCACUUCACAGCCUCAAUUUGGGUUUGUUCUGCACUGUAAAUAAAAACAAAUUUUGGCUUGCAUCCUUCUUCCACCAUGUAUCAUGACAAUUGUGCACAAUCAGACAAAUUUGCCAUGUUUUCUUCAUAGCUGAUGCUUUCUUUUGCCGUGAAAAAAUAUCUUCCUUUAUUUAAGACUCUCAGCAGCUAGUCAAAGUAAAAAAAAAGUCCAAGAAGCUUUAUUGUCACUUCAACCAUAUAUAGCUGAUGCAGUACACAGUGAAGUGAAACAACGUUCCUCCUAGACCAGAGGUGCUACACAGAACACAGACAAAGUACAGUGACGCAGACAAACAUAGAGCUAAACACAGAGAUAAAACUAAACUAUACUUAAGGUGCAAGAAAUAAACUAGACAUACAACAGAAGUGCACAGGAUGACAAGACAAGACAGAGCAGACAAACAACAUGUAGACCGACUCUGUGCAAAUAACAGUGUAUACAGUGAGUGCAGAUAUGAAAUUGACACUUUGUGCAAAGAACAGUGUAUACGGUGAAUAUAAAUAUGAGCUAAUGAGGCCUAAAUGAGUUCUCCUGCUAAUAGCAGAAUUGUAUCUUAAUCUCAGAGGUGCAAUUUCUGUUGCUAAUAAAAGAUAAUUCAGAGUAAGCAUGGCCUUUGAAAAGAGGAGGGCCUUGAGCGAUUGCACAUUGAUAUCAUAUGAUAUGAUAUGAUAUGACUUUAGAAUAACAAAAACAAAUAUUAUUGAUGGUUUAAAUCAGUUUAAUAAUGUACAUUUAAUAACUUUCUACGUUUAGUAAUGCUAAAUCCAGAAUCUUCAAUCUUUU